CACAAAUCUCACUGCCGCGGCACCCAAAACAACAAAAAAUCGGGAUUGUAUUCAGAAAGGUAGUUCCCAUAUUCGCAAUUUUUUAAAACAAAAGUUUUCAGAAGGCAAGUCCGCAAAUUUGAAUAAAAUAUUGUGCUACAGUGCCAGCCGGUAUUAUUCAUAGAGUAUAUGUACCCUGACGCCGCUGAGCCGCUGAGCCGCUCCGUUGCGGGCUGUCUGUUUUUUGUUUGUCUAUAAGAAAAUCUGAAUCUGAAUCUGAAUCGUCGCGUCGUUACCGAAACGCAAUCGAAACGAAAUAAAACGAGAAUGCAGUUGAAAAAUUAGAAUAAAGCGAUAAUAAGGCAAAAGAAUAACAGUUAAACACACGGCUAACUGUUGUCUGGCCGACGAAAAAAAAGGAGUGUGAAAAGUGCGCGAGAAAAAUCACCGAAAACCGAAGAAGUGCAAGGAGAGGAGGCAAAAAGUGUACGGUUCGGAUUUCGAGUAGAAAAGCGAAUAAUUUUAUGCAAUUUUCAAAGGCAAACAGAAAUUAAGCGUCUGUCUGCCAUGCCAGUGUAUGUGUGUGUGCGUGUCCCCUGUCUGUGAGUGUAUAACAAAAGCAAAAACAACAAUAACUACAGGAGAGGAAAAGGAAAGGAUCAACGGGGCCGCGCCGCUGGGGUAGUUUGUUUGAACAACAGAGACCAUCCAACCAGGAGGCGGAAGGAGAGUGGGAGGAAAAGCAAGGAGCAGGAGCAGCAGUUGAGAGGGCUGGCUGAGAGAGCGCGGAGCACACACACACUCGCACACUCACACGAGAACACACUCCUUUGUGCGCUUUUGCCGCCUGGAAUGCAAUGCUACAACAACAACCACAGGAUGGUCCGAAGGGGAGGAAACGCUUAAUUGUUUGCAGCAGCAACGGCAGCAUCCCGAAAACGCAAACAAACGACUGCAUUUACGGCUCCGUGGGAUACUUUUUUGUGUGCUGAAAGCAGAUGCACGUCGGCUGCUUGGAGAGUGCAUUAUCAGCUUGGCUUUUCCAAUCAAAAUGAAGCAAAGAGUAAUCGAGUAAAUAGUCUAAAAAAUCUGUACAAAAUCGAGCGAAGAACUGAACGAAUAACGAAAUCCGAAAUCCGAAAUUCGAUCGACCUAACCAUAUCGGAGAGCAAAAGAGUCAAAUAUUACUUAGGAAACAUGGAUCUAAGUCUGGAACGCGAUAGCUCUGCUCUGGGUAGUCUGUUCCAACAGAUUAUCAAUGACAUGAAGAAUACUUCUCCACUGUGGGAUGAUUUCGUGGCAAAGGCCAGCAAAUUACACACAUGCUUGAGGGCUGCCAUACAGGCAAUUGCCGCCUAUUUGGAUGCCUUCCAGAAGAUAGCCGAUGCGGCCACCAAUUCCAGAGGUGCCUCCAAGGAAAUUGGCACCGCUCUGACGCGCGUUUGUCUGCGCCACAAGGCGGUGGAGACGCGCCUGAAGACCUUCACCAGCGCCAUUAUGGAUUGCCUGGUGCAGCCGCUGCAGGAUAAGAUUGAGGACUGGAAACGCACCGUGGCCACCAUCGACAAGGACCAUGCCAAAGAGUAUAAGCGCUGCCGCAGCGAGCUGAAGAAGCGCUCCAGCGACACGUUGCGGCUGCAGAAGAAGGCGCGCAAGGGUCAAACCGAUGGCCUGCAGUCGCUGAUGGACUCCCACAUGCAGGACGUAACGCUGCGCCGUGCCGAGCUGGAGGAGGUCGAGAAGCGUUCACUGCGCGCCGCCAUGGUGGAGGAGCGACUUCGUUACUGCAGCUUUGUGCACAUGCUGCAGCCGGUGGUGCACGAGGAGUGCGAAGUGAUGUCCGAGUUGGGGCAUUUGCAGGAGGCCAUGCAGUCCAUUGCUUUGGUCACCAAGGAGCCCAGUGUGCUGCCGCAGGCCUCCGAGGAGCUCAUACACGACGCCAAGGCCAGCAUUAAUCUGUACCCAGAGUCCCCAGGCGGUGGCUCCGGCUCACAGGGUGGCGGCUGCUCCAACUCCUUGGGCUCCAGGAAGAGCUCCGUGUGCUCCAUAAGCAGCAUGAAUAGCAGCGGCUCCAGCAACUCGCCGGGACACCAUCACUAUCCGCGCUCCCUCUCGCAGUUUGUAACGCCCGCAAUACGCUUGAAACCUGGUGAAUCCAGUGAUAGUGGCUUUUGCUCAUCGCCAGCUCUAACAACACAGGCCUCCAAUGCAACGAAUCAGACGGCAAAUGUUUCCACUUGGCCGCCACAUUCCCAGGACGCGGUGGACACACUGCCACCCGCGGCCGAUCGACCGCACACCAUUUCCACGGCCUACGAGAAGGGUCAUCAGCGUCCACCGUUGACUGUCUACACGUUCCAGAAUCCAGAGACCAUACACGAGUCCGGCAGCGGCAGCGGCAGCAUCAACAAUGGCUCUGUGGCCUCAUCCAACGGACAGCCAGCAUCGGGCCAGAGCACACCGGCCACACAGAAGUCACCAGCGGCCUCGUUGAGUCGUCCUCCAUUGCCAGUUAAGCCGGCACAUGUGCGCUGCUCAUCGCUGGAGCGUCCGUUGUCCGCGCAGAGCAAUCAUCGUCAGGGUGGUGGCAGCGGCGGCGGCGCCGGUGGCGUUGGCGUUGGCGUUGGACUGCUGCAGCGUCAGUGCCCCUCGCCGAUACCAGCUCAUAUCACGAAAGAGCUGUCCGCAGCACAUCACGCACAGCAGCAGCAGCAGCAGCAACAGCAGCAACUCCAACAGCAGCAGAGUCCGCCCACCUACGUUAACAUGUCCGAACUGGCCAACAUGGCGGCCUUGAAGCUCACUAACCACCAGCAACAGCAGCAGCAGCAGCAGCAGCAGCAGCAACAGAAGCCACCGCCACUGCAGCAGCAGAGUUCCAUUGAUUCGAUAUGCUCGCAGCAUUCCAAUGAUUCCUCGGGCUCACAUCAGCUGCUCCAACAGCAGCAGCAACAGCAAACGCCUCUUGCUGCCCAGCACCUUGCCAGCACACGCUCCCAUUCCAUAUCCUCGACGGCAUCGUCGCUGCACUCGCAUCCAUCGAUCGAUUCGACGGUCGCUUGCGGCUCCCUUGUGGGCCAGCAUACACACAGCACCAGCACCAAUACGAACACCACCUCGCCGUCCAGUGGCUGCUCCACGCCACAGAAUCAUUACUCGCCACUGUUAACCAACUCACCCACAUCCACUGCCGCAGGUACGCCCAGUGGCAGCAGCAUUAGCACCGGCACCGGCACCGGUCUGGGCUUUGUCUAUCAAGUCAGCUCGCCCACGCCGCCAACGAGCGAGGUGCAGCAGGUGCUGAAGAUCACCGAGCAGCAGCAGCAGCAGCAGGCACAGCAGGCUGCCGAGGACACAGACGAACGUUCGCGUGCCUCUGUGCUGCAAAAGGCUUCCAUGUUCGAGAAGCAAGCGGCGGCUGUGGCCGCAGCAGCGGGCAGUGUGUCGCCACCAGUGCCGGUAAUGGCUACAGCCCCAUCGGCAGUUGUGCCACCCAAACGUUCCGAGGCCGAGCAACAGGAAAUGGACAAAUCUUUCGAAGACUCAAUCCAAGCAUUAAAUAAUUUAAUUGGCGAACUAGACUCGUUCCAACGUGAGAUCGAUGAGGGCAAGGGCAAGCAGAACAGCAGCAGCAACACCAACAGCAGCAGCAACAACAACCUGACAACAACGAGUAGCAGCAGCAGCAGCGAGAACAACAAUGUGCUGCCCACCUGCAUCACCAGCAUCACGAGCACCUCAAACAUCGAGCUGUGCGGCAUCAGCAAUCAGACAAACUCCAGCGGCUGUGGCACAGACAUAUCGGACACCACCUCGGAGGAGCUCGCCGGCGAGACGGAACCCACGCGGCGAGAGCGAGAGCUGCUGGGCGCCAGCGAUUCGGAGCUGAGUCGUUGCUAUGUGAGCGAGACGAGUUCGCUGACCGGCGGCCUGACCGCAGGCGGCUACGAGAAUCCCACAUUCGCUCACUUUGUGGCGAGUGCGAGCCGUGACGAUCCCUACAAUGGGGGCUCGGGCAGCGAGGGUCGCUCGCUGUAUGCGCCCGCGUCCGUGUGCGUGUCCGCGGACAGCAUCUCGCUGGCCGCCUCCGACAGCAUUUGCCUGUCGGGCCAGCCGCGGCACGCCUACGUGGACACCUGCAGCGACAGCGGCAGCGCCGUUGUUGUGAUCUACGACCAUCAGAUACCCAACACGCCGGACAUAGAGUUUGUCAAGCAGAACUCGGAGAUUGUGCUGCUGCGCACCAAGGAUCCGCAGGUGCAGUCACAGCUGCAGCUGCACGAGCUGCGGGAGUUGCAGCAGUUGCCCUCGAACCUCCUAGCCGGAUCCCCGGACUCGCCGGACUCCUCCGGCAGUGGGAAGACGCCCGCGCCGGCAACAGCAACUGUGGCGCCCGCCAAGCAGCGACUCUCCUCGUUUCGCGCCUCCAGCGAGCAGCAGCUACAGCUGCUCGGACGCGGCAGUCCACAAAGAGGUAAAGCAAAACAGCAGCAGUCGACCCAGCAGCAGCAGCAGCAGCAACAGCAGGGUACAACAGUCAGUGAUAGCGAUAUCCAGGCAACAGUAGAGCCUCCUGUGAUGCGGCGACAGCUGCCCCCAAAGCCCAACAGCCUCAGCCUGAGCCUUUUCAAUGGUCCAGCUGUGGGUGCGGCUGCGUCUCAGCCUCCCAGUGUAGCCGACAAGCCAUUGAUACCCCGCAAGUCAGACUUUAAGGCUGAUUUAGAUGCCAAAAUACGCAAGCAGAAGCAGAAGAUUCAACAGCAAUUAUUGCAGCAGCAGCAGCAGCAGCCGCAGCAACAACACUCACCUCAGUCGCCCCAAAACCGAAACUGUAAUAUCACUAAUAGCCCAGCGGCUGGCAUUGUUAUUGCAUCCGCAUCAGAAUACCAAAACCAUAAUCACAACAACAGCCAAAAUCAUAGAAUGCCAAGCCAAAAGAUGCCGCAAACAGCAACAGCCCCAUCUGCAUUAACAUCAUUGUCAGCUCGCGGCUCAUCAUCAUCAACAGCAUCAUCAUUAUUACCAUCAACUGCAUCUGCAUCCACAUCGAUAUCAUCAAAUGCUCCUGCUACGCUCCUGCCCGUUACGCCACCGCCACCACCACCACCCGCCCAUCCAUAUGUGUGCUCCCCAGCCAAUACGAAUUCCAUUGCCAAUGCCAGUCUCAAGCCGUGCAUUACGCCCCGGCCGGCCUCGCUGUCGGGAGGAGGAGGAGGUGCAGGAGGAGGAGGAGCAGGUGGCAGCUCAACGCGCAUCGCACGUCGUUCGUCCAUCAAUCAGGCAAAGCCACCGCCGCCAGUGCGACGCAGCUCCUCGGUGACGCCCAGCCCGAAUGCAGCAACAGUGGGGCACGCGACUCAGCAGCAGCAUAACUCACAGCUAAGCAGCUCCAGCGAGCAUCUACCACCGCCGCCCGCCUUUAUGCUGGAGUCCAUGUCCAGCUGCACAGCACCAGCCGCAGCCUCGGCCAUGCCCAACUCUGCGCUGAAGGUGUCCGAGACGGUGCGCGCGCUGGCAGCCAUGCGGCAUCAGCCAGCGUCGCCGGGCACGCUGCGUAGGAUACAACAACAGCAGCAGCAGCAACAGCAGCAGCAGCAGCAGCAGCAACCCCUACUGCAGUCCGUGCACAACUCACCCAUGAAUGAAGACCCAAGCUAUGAGGCCUACUAUGACUCGUAUAUGGAUCUGCAGGCCUAUGCUCAUGCCUUGGCCCAUGGCCAACAGCAGCAGCAAAUGCCAGCAGCGCACAAUCAGCAACGCUUUAAUCAACAGCAGCAACAAUAUUACCACUCACAGCAGCAGCAACAUUUGCCACAGAAGCCACCAACGCCGCCUGUGUACCAUGCACCACCAGCGCCAGCGCCAGCACCAGCACCAGCCGCGGAUGCCACGUUCCGCACCUCAUCACCAGCCGCAGAAGGAGGCGGUGGCGGUGGCGGUGGCAUCUAUGCCCAGCCCAAGCUGGUCAACAACAUGUCCAGCUUUCGCACGAGCAGCCCCAGUCCCAACGGACAUGGGCAUGGGCACGCUCACCCACUGCCACCGACACAGCCCAAGGCGAAUCCGAAUCUAAUUGCACAGCUCAAUGCGAGAAUCAACAGCAAGCAGCAACAGCAUCAGCAACAUCAGCAACAUCAGCAACAAUAUACCAGCGAGGGCAUCUAUGGCAAUCAGCAGCAACCAGGAGGAGGCGAGUCCAUCUACACGCGCAGCGGCCUGUCCAUGUCCCAACAGCAGCAGCAACAGCAGCAAAACUAUGACGGUAAAUCAGAGCACCAACAGCAGUCGCUGCAGCAGCAUAGAAUUUACGCUAGUUACGGCACCUCAUCGUCAAAUCCAUCAACAGCUGCCGCUUUGGCCAGCAACAGCAUUCAGGCAGCGUCCAUUCUAACAUCAGCCACCUCAUUCAAUGCAUUGCCACACUUUCCUCUGUCUUCAUCCACAUCAUCGUUGCUCUCCAAAGUCAGUUCAUUCUCAAAUUCCACAGCAGCAGCGGCGGCCUCUGCCUCGGCAGCUGUGGCAUCACACUAUCAGCCGCCACAAGCGCCGUUGGCAGCCGCAGCUAGCAGCAAAGAUUUUGGCAACUAUUCAAGUUCGUUUAAUAAAAAUUCAGCAGCAGCUGCCACAAGCUCGAACAUGCGACAGGCACAACAGCAGCAGCAGCAGCAGCAGCAACAUUAUACGUGUCCGCCUCCGCUGGAGGAUCCACCACCGCCGCCCAUUUACAGUGCCGGAGCAUCGGCCACAAUGCCCAAGAAGCUGGCACGCCCCCAUGCGGCACAGAGUGCGGCAGCCGCACAGCUGAGCGCCUAUGCAGCAGGCUCGGCAACGGCAACGCUGCCCAAGAAUAUGAUGCAGCAGCAGCAACGUUUACAGCAGCAGCAGCUACAGCUACAGCAACAGCAACAGCAACAGCAAUAUCAACAGCCUCUAGGCAUGGGCAAUGGCAAUGGUCAUGUGAAUCAGCGUCCGCAGUUGCCACUACCCCAGCAGCAGAAACUGCGAGCUGCACAGCAGCAACAUUUGGUCGAGCAACAGCAGCAGCAGCAGCAACAGCAGCAGCAGCAGCAGCGACAGCCACCCAUACCGUCACGGCACUCGAGUGUGCAGCAAAAGAUAUUCGUGUCAACGAAUCCAUUCAUACAAACGACAGCCGUCAAGUUUCAUUCGCCCUCAGCAUCGCCCACUUGCGGUUCGCCUGUAACUGGAGCUGGAUCGGGCUCUGGAUCCGCGGCUAGUAUUUAUGCCACAACGGCGCGUGGCAAUCAUCACCAGCAGCAACAGCAACUGCAACAGCAGCAACAGCAGCAACAGCAACAACAUUACUAUCGCGAUGCUGCUGGUGGCAACAGCAAUGGCGGCGCUGCAUACUACAAUCACAACAAUGCCCAUGGCCAUGGCCAUGCAAAUUCGAAUGCCCACGCCCACGCCCACAUGUCCCAUGCCCAGGCACAUCAUCCAAACUAUGCCACAAGCACAAAUAUCGAAAAGACUGGCAGCAUACGGGCCAAGACCAAGGCCGAAUUUCUCGAGAAUCUCAAUGCGAAAUUGGCCAAGCAGGGCAUGUCCGGCCGUGCAUUUGCCGUGCGAAAUCUCAUCAACAGCAAAGCGCUGAUGUAUCAGAAUCCACAAAAUCUAUCGCGACCCAGUGCACAAUAUCGUAGACCACCCACCUAUCCCAACAGCACCACAACCACUGGCACACCCACUGGCACCACUUGUGAUGGUCAGUGCUAAGCCGGAUCCACGCAUUUGCCACGAGUCGCUGAUGGAUCAAAUAAAACGCGGAGCACCCUUGAAGCGUAAUCAGAAGAUCAACGACCGCAGCGCUCCUAAAAUACAUUAACAAUUAAUCGUUAGACAUAAGCACAACUAAUAUUAUUUAUUACUAUGAUUAACAUAUGAAAUAAUCAGAAGAGAGCAAGAAAUGGAGGGAGCGGCCUGCUCGAUUGCAGGCUACUCUGCAGAGUUUUGGUUUGAAACUGAAAACUCGUCACACACACAUAUGAUUACGUUACACACUAUCAACUAUAAACUAUAAACAAUAAACAAUACAUAUAAUGCAAGAUAUUUAGCCACACACUUGAAACUAAUCCAAUAAUAAUACAUAACUGAUUUUUCCAUCUACCCAAAAAAAGGGAAAUUCUUUAUGCUUUUUUCGACAAAACAAAAAUGGAAGACAGUUGGUUAGACUUUUCAUCGUUUAUUUAUAAUUCAAACUCGAAUUUAACUCUAAUAUAAUAAUAUAUAUUUACCUAUUAUGUUUAUGUAUUUAUCAUAAUUUCCUUUGUUUAUGUACAUACCAUAUAUAUCGUAUAUCUGAUUAUGAUUUGAAGAAACAAUCACUGGAAACACUAAUCUGACGCCUAAAUAAAUGGAAUAUAUUCUUACUUAUCUGUUUUGAGUUCAUAUUUACUUCCAACUGCUUGUCAAUUGGCAUGGGUCUGAGCAUACUUAACAAAACAAUUUAUAUACAAACAAAAUCUAUACACUACCGUUUAGGUCGUAGCUCUUAGAUAUAAUAUUGAUAUAUGUACUUGAAAUCCCACUGCAACUUUUGCUUUUGUCAAUAGAAAAAGCCAAUUACUGCCAAGUGGAGAGUGGAAUAAAUCGUUCCCAGUCUGUCGCUCUAUAUAAAACUUAACAUUUUCCAUUGGACUGAUUCUUGUACUGUCAUUUUAGAUGCAUAGCCAGCCGCUUAAACUACUAGAGGCUACAGUUUCUCACUGUAAUAUAAAUAAUAGAAACACAAAUAUCAUUUACGUUCAUAUCAGACACAAAUCGGCAGUUUCAAGACUACUUUUACCAGAUACCCAACAAAUCACUCUAACAUCUGCUCUAGCUCGUAGAAUUUUUAAAUAUUUACAAAAUAUUUUGUAUAUACGCUUUUUAAGGCUUCACCAAUCGAUCCAUGGAUAAUUGGCAUAAAACUCGUAAC